AUGCAGUGACGAUGGGCUCCGUGUUUGGACGCAGCACCGCUUUGAACCUGCAGACGUCGCAGCUCAACACUCCCCAAGACGCUUCCUGUACACACAUCUUGGUCUUCCCAACCUCCGCUACGACACAGCUGGCACCCAGCUCCUAUCCCACAGAGGACAACAACGAUGACAUGUUUGAUCUCCCCUUCCCCGACGAACUAGAAAAUGUUAUUGGCCACGAUAUGAUGCUGAUCAACCUUCACCCUUCUCCAAACACUUCUCCUGUGCCCUCGCCUGGUUCGCCGUCUGGGAUGGGAAUGGGAUCACAUUUCCCCCAUACCAGGAGCCAGGGGGAGCGUUUGCUGUCCAGGGAUAACCCCCCAGAGGAGCUGAAGCAGCAGCCACUGGCUCUGGGCUACUACGUCUCCACUGCACAAGCUAACGGACUUCCCCACUGGUUCUGGGCCUCCUGCCCACAAGCCGAGAACCAGUGCCCACUUUUCCUCAAGGCUUCUCUUCAUCAUCACAUCUCCAUCGCACAAUCAGAUGAAAUCACGUCUGAGAAGAGUAAAAGGAGCCCUCACCCCUUGGAUUCAAAGACCACCUCUGAUGUGCUAAGCUCUGUGGUGACCUUGCUGGGCCGCUUUGCCCACUGGGGAGAACAAGGGAAGAGGAAGUGGAGGGUCACGAUCCCUGCGGUGCACGUGUUGUACAUAGAUGCUAACACAGCCUGA